CUUGUCCCUUUGCCAGCCUCCGUUUCUCUACAGCUCAAUCAUUCUGAGAGCAAAGAAUCCGUCUUGUCCCUUUGCCCCGCGGUUGUGCAAUCCCGUGAUGCCCCGCCUACCGCUGCUCUGCCACAGUGGAGUAUACUAGUAGUACUGAGCAGAGUAGAGUACUAGACGACACUAAGCAUAUGAUUCCCUCCCUUGACAAAUCCCCAAAACUAAAAAAGCUUUUUCAAGCUGUUCCAUUCACUUCACUUGCACGCACUCAUCUCAUUAUCAUCAUUCAAAGGUGUGGUGAGUUCUUCAAGAAAGGAAUGCAAAUCUGGUGAUGUUUCUUGAGGGAGAGCAUCUUGUUCUUGCUUGCUUUGCGGUGUCAAGGACGGACCACUCAGUCGGUCAGGCCAGGCCAGGCCAGAUCCCUGUGCGGACUGCACAAUGUUUUUCUGGUGACCAGUACCUAUCUCCAUUAACUCUUCUUGAUCCAGGAAGAAGCUGAAAGAAAUCUUGUAAAAAAUGGGUGGCCAUGCUCUGCUCAUCUUGCUGUCGGUGGCGUCCCUGGCAUUGCUGCCGGGAGCCACGCCGCUGCAGCCCUCACAGGCCUGGUCCCUCUUCAAGCUCCGGCAGCUCCUGGGCGACCCGCCGGUGCUCGGCACCUGGCACAACUACACCGACUUCUGCUACGGCGGCGACUACAAGACCGCCUCCGCCUUCGUCGAGUGCUACGAGGACAGCGUCACGCAGCUCCACAUCAUGGGCGACCCCGGGGCCGGGGCGCGCCCGCUCCCCGCCACCUUCUCCAUCGACGCCUUCUUCACCACGCUGUCCAGGCUGCCGGAUCUCAAGGUGCUCACGCUCACCAACCUCGGCCUCUGGGGGCCACUGCCGGGGAAGAUCUCCCGCCUCCAGAAGCUGGAGAUCGUCAACGUCAGCUCCAACUACCUCUACGGCGAGCUCCCGCGGGGGCUCUCCCAGCUCGGCAGCCUCCAGACGCUGGUCGCGGACCACAACAUGCUGGGAGGCAAGCUGCCGGGGUGGCUCAAGGACAUGCCGCUGCUGGCGGUCCUCAGCCUCCGGAACAACAUGCUGCAGGGGACGCUGCCGGAGUCGCUCAAGGACAUGCUGUCGCUGAGGUCGCUGGUGCUGGCGUCCAACAACCUCUCCGGGAAUCUGCCGGACCUCAAGAACCUCCAGGUGAUUGACAUGGCCAACAACGCGCUAGGGCCCAAGUUCCCGCGGCUGGGGCGGAAGGUGGCCAGCGUGGUGCUCGCCGGCAACAAGUUCAGCGACGGCCUCCCCGCCGACAUGCUCGCCUCGUGCUACCUCCUGGAGCGGCUGGACGUGUCGGGGAACAGGUUCGUGGGGCCUUUCCCGGCGGCGCUGCUGUCGCUGCCGUCCAUGGAGUACCUGAGCAUCGCCGGGAACAGGUUCACCGGGCGGCUCUCGGGCAACGCCUCCUGCGGCGAGAACCUCCGGUUCGUGGACCUCUCGUCGAACCUCCUGACGGGGAGCCUCCCCGGCUGCCUGCUGGCCGCCCCCGGCAAGAGCGUGCUCUUCUCGGCCAACUGCCUUUCCACAGCCGGCGACGACUCCCAGUCCCAGCACCCGUCGCCCUUCUGCCGGAACCAGGCAUUGGCCGUCGGGAUCGUGCCUGAGCAGGGACACAAGAAGAGUGGCGCCAAGGCCGGUGUGGUGGCCGGCAUUGUCCUUGUGGGAGCAUUGGUCGUGAGCGCGGCGGUGGUGUUUGUGGUGAGGAAGGCGAGCGCGCCCAAGGCGAGGCCUGCACGGAGACUGGUGGAGAACGCGUCGAGCGCUUACCCUUCGAAUUUGCUGGCCGACGCGCGUUACAUAUCUCAGACGGUGAAGCUGGGGGCUCUUGGCAUUCCGGCAUACAGAUCAUUCUCCUUGGUGGAGCUGGAGGCGGCCACCGAUAACUUCCAGGUGUCUAGCCUCAUGGGGCAAGAUGCUCAUGGCCAGAUGUACCGUGGACGGCUAAGCAAUGGGACCCCGGUGACAAUCAGGUCCCUCAAGGUGAACAAGAGCCAGAGCUUCACCCGCCACAUCGAGAUGAUAUCCAAGCUGAGGCAUCGGCACCUGGUGAGCGCGCUGGGGCACUGCUUCCAGUACAACCUCGACGAUUCCACCGUCACGCACCUCUACCUCGUCUUCGAAUACGUGCACAAUGGCAACCUCAGGGGCAGGAUUUCACAAGGAACGGAAGGCCGGAGGCUGUCGUGGGGCCAAAGAAUAUCGACCGCCAUUGGUGUGGCCAAGGGCAUUCAGUUCCUGCAUGGAGGGAUCAUACCAGGCCUGUUUGCGAAUAACCUCAAGAUCACCAACAUUCUUAUGGACCAGAAUCAGGUCCCCAAAAUCGGCAGCUACAACAUCCCCAUUCUGUCAGAGACCAUGAAAUCAGAGGGAGGAGCUGGAAGCAAGUAUCCACCGGAUAGAAUUUGCAGGGUUCCGAAUGGCGAUAAGAUUGACAUGUACGAUUUUGGUGUGAUACUGCUGGAGGUUAUCUCCGGCAGGCCCAUCAGUUCCAUAUACGAGGUGGAGAUGAUGAAAGAACAGUUGCAAUCGGCGCUGACAGCACGAGGACCGAGCAAGAGGAGCAACUUGGUGGACCCGGCGGUCAGCAAGGGCUGCUCCGACGACUCCAUGAGGACCGUCAUGGAGGUCUGCCUCGGCUGCCUGGCCAAGGAGCCAACGCAGAGGCCCUCAGUGGAGGACGUGCUCUGGAACCUGCAGUUUGCGGCCCAGGUGCAGGAUGGCUCACGACGCAGCAGCGAGGAGUCCCCGCUCUCGCCCUCGCAGCCCCAUGCACAAUCCGCACACGACUCACCCACCCACCGCUAGGGCUCACAAAAAUGCAUUGCCAAGCAUCAUCAUGGAUUCAUGGCUCAAGGCAAGGAUACAAGUGUACAGCAGCUCAAGCUGGACCCCGUGAUGCAUAUAGAGUUUUCGCCAAGACGCCACUGGAUAUGAUGAGUUUUCAACUUCUCAAAUUAAGUAGAACCGACUUUUUCUUUUUCUUCUUCUUCUUCUUCUUUCGAGAAAUCUCCAAUAGAACGACUAGUAACCAUAAUCUCGUUAUGGAUUGGAAUGCACUCCCAUAAAACCAUUAUUUGUUCCCACAGUGUCCGGAAAAUUCCACUUUGUCUAGUCUAGAAAUACAAAUUUGUAUGGUUUUCGAGAACCGGAUAUUGUAAUAUUCCAAUGCAUAUUAUAUCUAAAAAAUAAUGUUGCUA